CAUACCUUCACGUCGUGACGUGUUGCUGUUACCAUGGACAUGAGGCAACGACAACGCUUACGAAUGUGAAGCAGCUAAAAACAGUUAACGGAGCCCGGGAUCGCCAGAGGAGCACAGCACUGAUGGAGAUGGAGGACGUUUCUGCUUCUGAGAAGCUUCUCCCCGAGUCCUACAGGAGCAACUCUCCAGAAGAGAUUCGACUGUUAGCCAUCGCAGAAAACUUCCAGCGUCAGUACUCGCACUUGUGUCCUGACCGCAAACCGCUGCUGCUCUGUCCUGUAAACGAAUGUGGAGUAAAGAAGUUUGUGUCGACGUCUCUUCGUCCAACGUCGACCAUCCACUGUGAACUGUUCGAGUGGCAGGGCUGUGCCUCUUUUGUGGCCGACUUCCUGUCGUUGGUCCCUCUGGAUCCGCCCGUGGAGCUGCCAAAGGUCCUUUCCUCUCCCAACGCGGUGCUGCAGAGUCAGAAAGCCACGUGUUUUGAGUAUGCCACUCUGCUGUGCAGCCUGCUGCUCGGCGAAGACUACGACGCCUACUGCGUCAGCGGCUACGCCGUCAAAGAGAUGUGUCUGCUCAAUCAGAGCCUGCAGGAGUGCCCCCUGCUGGACCCUGAGAUCAAGGCUGUGGAAGAUGUGACCCCAGAACAGAAGGACCAGGAUGAUAAAUACUCAGUGAAGCUUCAGAUGGAGCUCAAGAGUCGUUUUCUGGCCGAGCAAGAGAAGAAGAAACGGGAAGCUGAAGCUGCGCUGCUUGAAAAACAAAAACGACAAGAGGAGAAAGAUCAGCAGCUGGCCGACCCGCUGCGAGGCCUGCGGGUGCACUGCUGGGUGCUGGUGCUGUCGGGCUGUCGGGACGUCCAGGAGAACUUCUUCAUCGACCCUCUGACCGGGAUCAGCUACCCCACCAACAGUGACAACUUCCUGGGCAUCGAGAGUGUGUGGAACAACCUCAACUACUACGUGAACAUGCAGGACUGCAGUAACGGCUGUGCUGAUAUGAUGUUUGACCUGGAUGAUUUGAAAACGUGGGAGCCAGUCUUGUUUGGAGCAUCAAGCAAAAAGCAACUGAUUCAAGAAGUCCUGAAGAGAAAAGAGGCUAAAUUGAUGGGCAAAGGGAACCUGGUGCAGGUACCGAAUGAGGACGUGCCCAAAGUUUUGGAGAUGCCGAGAUCCUGGGUCAGUUGCAUUGCCAUCUCAGCAGAAGCCCUGAAGAACCGCUGGCCAGGAGGAAAGAAGGUGAUCCGCUACAAACAAGCCCAGCUGGAGAGGUUCGCAACGUCCAAAAGGUUAUACGGCGUUGUCAAACGACUGAGCAAAUACAAGGACCAAGACUGCACUGAGGUCGCCAUGGUGAAGGAGUGGUAUCAAGACAGGAGCGACUUCCUGGAGGAGAAAGAGGUCGACAAUGUCAAUGAGAUCACCACAGAACGCUUCAGACGUGGAAGAAAACGUCACCUGCUGUUUUUCAGGGUCAAAUCACUUACUGUGGGCACUGAGGUUGAAAUGCACUUCAGCAGCGCUCGUGUUGACGACCUGGUGCGGAGGGUGCUGUCGCCAAAAGAAUUCAUCGAGCUCUAUGAAGGCCGGAGCGACUUCCUCCAAUACCGGCACGUUUACUUCAAAAAAGAAAUCCAGCUGCUCAGCGAGAACUCACGAAACGAGGAAGCGCCCAUACUGAAAGUGGUAGAGCGUUUCCACAGAAACUGCUCCAAACCAGCCAAUGAAGACGUGGCUGAGCGAGUGUUCCUGAUAUCAGAGAAACUGAUUGAGUUGACCUACCACUUAAAGGAGGACCGAUUGAUCCCGUCAAAGAUCAGCUUCAUCAAGCCACUGGACUCAGAAAAAGGGAGCGCACAGGAAUUCUCUCUUGACAUGAUCUCCACCUUCCAGGUGGAUCUGUCUGAGAAGCCAUUUACAGCCGUAACCCUGCAUAAGAUGCUGGUGGAACUGAUGGAGGUUGAAGAGAAGGUGACUCAUCAGAUUAUGCGGUCGGUGAAAGAGAUGAGAGACAUUGUGACCCUCCGUGAAAAGGAGAACAAAGAAAUGAAGCUCUGGAACCGAGCAGCUGCCCUGGUCCGCAGCAGGAAACAGAAAAAGGGAAAUGGUGAACUUAAAAACAUUUUGCGUAAAUAUCUGUCUGAGGAGAUUGACGAAGACCAAGAUGUGAAGAAGGAAGGCCUGAAUCCAUAUUUUGACAUCGAAACAGAGGAGAAAGUCAAAAUCAUUCAAGAACAAUACAUGAAGGACAUAGCAGAGGUGGAGAAGACGCAGGAGUGUUUAAAGAUGAAAUUGCACGAACUGAGAAAAACAUCGGGAGCAGCUCCACCAGCAGCGCUGCGCCGACAUAAGAACCCAAGUUAAAGCCGCCCGGGAGCAGCUCCGCAUGGACAUGCGGAGAGGAGAGGAUAUAUAAGGAUCUUCAGGAGGAACUCUGUCAGGAACUCGAACUCUCCUCUCUGAUGGACAGCUGAGCCACGCACACCUGUCGCCUUUUUGUUUUUACAGUAAAAACAAAUUAUUGGUGUUUAUUAGUUACACAUGUGCCUGUUUUUGUUUGUUUUGUUUUUCUUCAUCUUUUUAUUUUUGAAAUUUUGAUUUUUCAGACCGUGUGUAAGACUUUAUACAACUCAGUGCAGGAGGGUCCUCUGUACACUACUGCCUCUAGAUCAGAUAUUUAUGGUUGCUGCUACGAAAUCAAUAAAUAAACAAAUAAAUACAAAUCAUAAGGUAUCUGGGGGUCCUGCAAUUUCAUGAUUCGGGUGAAGUAAAUAUAAUCAGGAAAGCAAAGAAAAAUAGAAUACGUGUGUGUGAAAGAGAGUAAGACCGAUGGAAACAUCCAAGGAGUCAAGAAAAUGAAUGUAGAUGAGUUUAAAUACUUGGGGUAUUUAUUCAUCUAAAUCAACAGGCAGUGCACAAGAGAGGUGAAGAAGAGAGCGCAGGCAGGGUGGAGCGGGUGGAGACGAGUGUCAGGAAGGAUUUGUGACAGAAGGAGAGCAGCAAGAGUGUUAAAGAUGGAAGUGAGACCUGCUGUGAUGUUUGGUUUGGAGACGCUGUGUUGGUGACCAGCUGUCGUCGCUCCCGAUUCUUGGAUUCUGACCUGGUGGAAACACGACUCAAUACGGGCGUCUCAGUUCAAGAACUUCUAUAUUUACCCACGUAUAAGAGGAGACGUGCACAGCGCGAAGCCUCCUGCAGAUCUGAAGGGCAGUCCCUCGAUCUGUUACAGUUAUAUUUCUUCAAAGUUCCUCAUUCAGAGCCUAUUUUUCCUGUUAUGUACACUCUGUGUUCCUGUACCCUUCAUACACAGUUUUGAUCAAAACAUCUCCUUAUCUUUUACUUUUACAGUCUUACACAUCAAUUCAUCUCUCCUUCUCUGCACAUGUCCUCAUUUUAUAUGCACGUGGGUGGCUGCAUGUGGGUCUCUGAAUGCGCUAAGCUCUCUACCUAGUUCUGCUUUUUUGACCUAUACUUAUCGAGAUGUAAACCCUAAAGAUCAGCUGUUUCUAAAAUACUCAGAGCAGCCUGGUUAAAGUUACUUAAAUCACCUUUCUCCCCAAUUCAGAACUUCAGAAGGUUGUAAAUGCAUUAAAUGACUAUUUAGAUAUUUGCUGUAAUGAUCAGUUGAACUGGUAAAUUUCACAAAGUGUCCAUUGAUUGUAUUUCUUCAAUCAAUAAUUGAAACACCUUCAGUUACACUCUGGUGAUGUGUGUGCCAACCAUAUAUCCAGGAACACACUGUCACACAAAGUUUUAUUUAAUAACUUAGUAAACCUACCAGAUACAAUGAGGUUGUUUACAAAAUGUUGUGUGUGCAAACUUUUGCAAGAUCAUGUACACUGACCUCAUUUUCAUUUCACUUUGCCCAGGAGAUGUUCUUCUUGGCAGAAAACCCGAACUUUUCCAUCCCACUGGCAGUCUCUCCAGAGUUAUGGCCCUGAGGGGUCACAGUGUCACACUUGAAUGUUUGCCCAGU